CUGGCUGAUUCCGUUUGUACUUUAUAUCUGGGUUGAAUAGACUAGAAGCUGUCUAUAUAGUUGAAGAUUGUGUAGCACCCUUUUAAAGCUGUCUUUUGCAGCGCUAGCUUUUCUUAUAUAACCAUAUUUAUCAAUAGUGUGGUUUGGCAGCCAUGGGUGAGAACAAAACCGCCGCCGCCGCCACCACCACCGUGAUGCAGUCAUCUCAGCUGGAACAGUAUCUUCUCUUGGCCAAGACAGCGAAAGGCGCCGCAGCCGCCGAACUCAUCAAGCAGGUCACAGAAGCCCCUGGCGUUCAUGUCUUUGGAGAAUUACUCGACAUGCCAAACAUUCAGGAGCUGGCAAAUGGUCCCCACAGCAGCUACCUAAACCUUCUCAACUUGUUUGCAUUUGGGACCUAUGCAACAUACCAUGAGAACAAAUCUCAAUUUCCACCAUUAACACCAGCCAUGAUUACAAAAUUAAGGCACCUCACAAUAGUGUCUUUAGCAACAAAAACAAAGUGUAUCCCAUACUCCACGUUGCUAAAAGAACUUGACAUGAAAAACUUGCGGGAGUUGGAAGAUCUGAUCAUCGAUGUGAUUUACGCGGACGUGGUGCGAGGGAAAUUGGACCAGAAGAACAAUCAGCUGGAAGUGGACUACACCAUUGGCAGGGACAUCCGUCCGGAGGACGUCAGCACCAUAAUCCGAGUGCUCCAAGAAUGGUGCACAAGCUGCGAGACUGUAGUGAACAGCAUUGAGUGCCAGAUUGCCCGUGCUAAUGCCAUGAAGGACUCCCACAUGAAACUGAAGCAGCACAUUGACAAUGAGGUUGCAAACAUAAAGAAGAACCUGAAGGUACAAUCACAAGAUGUGGAUGACCAGAUGGGUGCUGAUGGCCGGGAGGACAGCCACAUGGACAAGCCGGGCAAGAAGGCAUCCAAGAGCAAAGGGCUACCACAUCAGAGUAGAAGAUGAGAGUGGCUGAGAAAACGCCUGGGCUUUAAAGACUGACCUGCUUGAGUUGAAAACAGGAUGGAGAAAUGGCCAAGAGAAGUUCACCAAACGCUUUCUUGACGACACUGUAUAAACUGUAAAAUAAAAAUCCUGUUCCAUGCUGCCUUA